GCCAAAACCCUCCCCCACGCCCUCCAAAUACACACACAACCAACCAGCCAUGCACGCAGCCAGUCAGCCAUCCAUCCAUCCGUCCAUCUUGAUAAAACAAUGUGACACACGACGAGCGGUCAAUCAUGCCAUCCAUCCAUCCAUCCAUCCAUAUACACACAUACAACGACAAGCAAGUCAGGGUCACUCACUCAGCCAGCCAGCCAGCCGUUCGGUCGGUCGGUCGGUCGGUCAGUCAGUAGUCCACCAAUGGCUACCUACCCGCUACCCUAUCUGUCACUUUAUCUCUCUCAUUCAUGCGCUCUUCUUGAGGUGUGCCGGUGCCGAGCUCAGCUUCGCGCCCCCCUUCCCUCCCUUCUGCUGCGCCUUGUCCUCGCUCGUGAUGACCGUCUGGGCCGCCACGCAGGGGUCCUUGGGCGCCACCACUACCAACCCCAUCCCCAUCCCCAGCCCCCCUUCCACCUCCUUGCCCGCCCCUGCCAUGGCGCGUGUGGUCCGCACGGUCGACACCGUCGGGGCCGUCUGCUUGGUGCUCUUGGCGGCGACGAUGGGCUCCGGCUCGCAGGGGAGGGGGUUCUCCCAGACCUUGCGGUUGUCCUUGUCCACCAUGACCCACUUGUUGCCCUCCACCCGCAGGAAGUGGCCCGAGUGGCCGGCUAUGUCGUCCCUCAUGGGCUUGGUGAAGGAGGACACCUCGUCGGGCGAGGCGGGCGGGUCCCACCAGUCCUCCCUCUCGUCCAUCGCCUCUCGCACCACACGCCUCUGCUCGGCCGCCUCGUGCGCCCGCUGCUGCCGCUUGUGGAGGUGGUCCAGCACAAAGUACACGGCCGCAAUGGCGAUGAAGACGCAGCGGACGACGCCAGUGAAGGUGCCCGGGUGUGCAUAUGGUGAGAUGAGGUAGACGAAGUACUCGGCGGGGUCGCCCGUGCGGUCGUCUGUCGGGAUGCGGGUGGCUGCGUAGUGCGUGUAGUAGAAGUUGUUCAUGGGCUCGAGGAUGAGGGCGUACACGGCCCACCAGAUGAUGAAGCGAGGGUUGUAGUAGUGGAUGGGCAGGAGGGCCAGGAAGAACAAGGCGACGUAGAGGAAGUAGGAGCCGCGGCUCAUGACGUGCAGCACCUUGUCGAAGCUCAUGAGGACCGAGUCGGUCUUGCCAAUGAUGUUGUCCAUCUUGUCGUUGAGCUGCCCCAGAUUUUGGCCCUGCCGGCUGGCGAAGGCCUCCAUGCCCUCCAUGAUCUUCUCGUCGCGUUUCUCAUUGCUGGCCAUGAUCUUUUGCUCGCGCUCCUCAUGGUGCCGGCGCAGCUGCUCCUCCCUGGCCAUGCCGGCCUCCAGGGUCCUCUGGUGGUGCUGCUGGAACUCGUCGUACUGCUGCCGGGAGGUCUCGUGCAUGUGCUGCAGGAACCUGGCCGAGUAGUCGAGGGCGAAUGACAUGCCCUGGAGGUUUUCGGCCAGCUCCCGCUGGUAGUUCUUGUGGGCGAGGAAGUAACACAUGUUCUGGAUCUGCCCCUCCAUCUGCAGGAAGUUGCUCUUGUCGAGAUUGUCCAGCUGCGUGCGGCACCGCGUGAUAAGCGCCGCCUUGUCCUUCCCCUCCUGCAGGUUCGCGUCCCAGCACUCCUGCCUCAUCAGAUUCUGCCUGUGUCUGUCGUCAAGGUUGAAGCAGUGGAGGGCCCGAAACGUGAGCAGGUGCCGCGUGUUCCAUGACAUGUUCUUGCAGUCGACCGUCCUCAUCCGCGCCACAAACUGGUUGAAGCACUCCCCCGUUUUCGACUGCGCCUCGGUAGUAUCGCCCGGCCUAAUGCGCUGGAUCAGCUUCUCGAACUGCUGCUUGCCCGCCUCCAUCGCCUCUUUCGCCCCGCCGCUGCCGCCCGCCAACUCGACGGCCGACUCCCAGUGGACAAUCUCUCCACCAGAUGGAUCGGUGGACGGGCCCUCAUCGGUGGUCGAUGUGCCGUAGCAGCGGGCGGCGGCUAAGAAGGUCAGAACGACAGCCAAGAGCCGCAUCGUCUUCAGAAAAGACAGGACGUCUUGUUGGCCUCGCUGUUCAUGGCGUCAUCAUCUCAGCCUUCACACGCGAUGCUCAAGACCGCCGAAAGGCCUCGGUAGGGUGGUUUUUGACG